CCACCAUAUGUUUCCAUCCCUGAUGUACUGGUUAUACGCGCCUCGAAUCUCGCGUAUGUAGUCUCCGUCGGUAUUGUCCAGUAGGAAGAUUGUUUUUGAUCAGCAGGCCCUCUCACUUGGUCUAUUGCCACAAGGAUGCAUUUCAGAAUGGUGCAGGUACCAGUGCAUGGGCGUAGCGUCCUUGCAAUACCCAUGGCCACGAGAUGGGAGGGUUGUUUAUGUUCGCUUGGCUAAUCGGGCAAGCUCAAAUCCACUAUGGAGCGCCUGGCGAAAGCCCUGUAUAAAAUGAGAAUAUAUAUAGUGCACCAUAGCGCCAGGUUGUGUAGAGGGUUGUGGCUGUUCGAUCUUUGCUGGUUCAUCUGAUCAAUUCGGUUCGUUCUAUUCUCCAAGAUGAAGAGCAUUUCUUUCAUCAAUGCGGCUGCGCUGCUUUCCACUCUUUUCACCCCUAUUGUUCUCGCGCAGGACAAAUUUACUCAUUCUUCCGGCAUCGAGUUUUUGCGACAGGUCAUCCCCGAAGCCCAGACUACCGGUGGCUUUGAAUGGGGCUACGCUUUGCCAGGUGCGCCCACCGGGAGCAACGAUGAGUACAUUGGAUACAUUCGCGGUUCCACUCCAAACAAGAAAGGAUGGUCCGGCAUCGCUCACAAGGCCGGCAUGGCCAACUCCCUACUGCUUGUAGCAUGGCCAGAUGGUACCGCUAUCAAAACUAAAUUCGCGUUCGCAACCGGUUAUGUGGCCCCCGAAGACUACACUGGCAAUGCUACCAUCACUCAAAUCUCGCACCAGAUCAACGAUACAAACUUUGAGUUAGUGUACCGCUGCCAAUGGUGUUGGAUCUGGAACCAAAAUGGUGCGGAAGGUUCGCAGAUCCCGGCAGACACUCAGGUCAUCAGUUGGGCGCAGCACAAAGACGUCCCAGGCACCACUUGGGUGCAGCACGACAAUGGACAAUCAAUCUUCGGUAUUCCAGUAGCAGGAGCUAGGAAUGCGAAGUACACCGACUGGGUCAAGCUGGCCGGCGGUGGCGCUACACCAACGUCUUCGGGCGUCUCUACUGCUACACCGACGUCAGCAAAGCCGUCCACCUGCACUGGCCAGGCUGCUCCUACCGGAUCGUACGACUACAUCGUUGUUGGUGGCGGUGCCGGCGGUAUCCCUCUCGCUGAUAAGUUGUCAGAAUCGGGCAAGAGUGUUCUCUUGAUCGAGAAAGGUCCGCCAUCACUGGGACGAUUUGGUGGCACCAUGGGCCCUGCUUGGCUCAAAGGAACUGGUCUUACUCGAUUCGACGUCCCAGGUCUCUGCAAUCAGAUAUGGGUCGAUUCCGCCGGUGUCGCUUGUACUGAUAUCGACCAAAUGGCCGGAUGUGUCUUGGGCGGAGGCAGUGCUGUCAACGCUGCGCUGUGGUGGAAACCAGUCAAUGUUGAUUGGGAUACCAGCUUCCCCAACGGAUGGAAGGCUGGCGAUGUCAGUGGUGCCAUCGAUCGGGUCUUCAAGCGCAUUGCUGGCACAGACACACCUUCAAAGGAUGGCAAACGCUACAAACAGGAGGGCUACGAUGUUCUCUCCGGCGCCCUCGGUGCAGAUGGCUGGAAAGAGUUGACUGCCAACGACAAGCCCAACGAGAAGAACCGAGUGUACUCUCAUACCCCGUUCAUGUAUGAGAAUGGACAGAGACAGGGCCCUCUUGGUACAUAUCUUGUCACCGCGCUCGCAAGGAAGAACUUCAAACUCUUCACGAACACCGCUGUUCGACGUAUUGUUCGCACUGGUGGUAAAGCUACUGGUGUCGAGCUCGACGGUGGUGCGGGCGGUUAUUGCGGCACUGUGAAACUCAACACUGGCGGUCGUGUCAUUUCCUCUGCCGGCACUUUCGGUACUCCCAAGCUCCUCUUCCGAAGUGGUAUCGGACCUAAGGCGCAGCUUGACAUUGUCAAGAACAGCGCUCAGGACGGAUCCACCUUCAUCAACUCGACAGAGUGGAUCGACCUUCCAGUCGGAUCUAAUCUACUCGAUCACGUCAACACCGAUCUCGUUAUCAAGCACCAGAACAUCUCUUUCUACGACUUCUAUGCGGCAUGGAACUCACCCAUCGCUGCCGACAAGGCCGCCUAUCUCGACAACCGCUCUGGUAUUCUUGCCUCGUCCGCCCCCAACAUUGGUCCCCUUGCAUGGGAGGUCAUUCCGGGUACCGACGGGAUUGACCGCGCGAUCCAAUGGACUUCACGUGUUGAAGGGCCUGGCGCGAACGAUACUCACCAUCUCACCAUCAGUCAGUACCUUGGUCGUGGCUCGACCUCACGCGGAGCUCUUUCUAUCAACGGUGCCCUGAAUAUGUUCGUCAGCGACUCGCCUUAUCUCAAGAACCAGGCGGAUACCGAUGCCGUCAUCACUGGCAUAAAGAGCAUGCUUAAAGCUAUUCAGAAGAACCCAAAGAUUGAAGUACAGGUCCCGCCUGCGGGUACAACGGUGGAGCAAUACGUUGCUAGCCUUCCCAAGACUCCCUCUGCUCGUCGUGCAAACCAUUGGAUUGGAACGGCUAAGAUCGGAUCGGACAGUGGUCUCACUGGCGGCACGUCUGUCGUUGACCUCAACACGAAGGUCUACGGCACAGACAACAUCCAUGUCGUCGACGCCUCGAUAUUCCCUGCCCAUAUCACCACCAACCCUACAUCAUACAUUGUCACGGUCGCCGAGCACGCUGCAGUCAAGAUCCUCGCCUUGAAGUAGACGGACAAACCGAGUUGACAGGCUUGGACGUGUGUUUUCCUUUGUAGAGUUCGGAUGAAAGAGUUUACCGAGACAAAGAGGGAUUUCGUUGUACAUAUUUAACUUCGUAUAUACUUGCUGUUGUAUAUAUCCACCUUCCACUAUCAUA